AUGAAGCAGAUUGUGAACAAGAACUUGAUAACGCUAAAAUGCGUGCUCUUUUGCUUCUUAGCAGGAAUAGGGUGUAUAUAUCCGUUCCUCCCCCUACACAUGUUGUCGAUAGGGUUGGACAGAGGGGAAGCACGUUUGAUAUCUGCGGUAACGCCAUGCAUAGCGCUAUUGGGACCAGCUGUUUUGGGCCCACUUAUUGAUAAAUUGUCUGUAGGCCGAGGUUCAACCGGAGGGAGUACGGGUCCAAGCGGAUCUGGAAAGCUUCUAAGAAUUAUCACGGCACUGUGCCUUAUUCUAAGUGCCUUGUUUUAUUCUCUGCUCCUCGCUGUCCCGUAUACUGAGAGACAUGAGGCAAGAAGACCACAAGUUCUCUUUAUGUGCGACGCAGAUGGUGGUUACGUAAUGCAGGAAGUCUGUACCGAGGGAAUGAGAUGUAACCGAUGGGAUGGUCAGAAGUCGGGUGUGCUAGCAGUAGGAGCUUGCGAGUAUGGAUGUGCAGAUGAGAACAUGACGUGGGUGAUGCAGCCAUUCACAACCACCUCCACUACGACCACGCUCAGUCCAUUGUACAACAGUGUCGCUAACUUUACUACUCCCACUCCGUUGCCAACUGAAGAGCCCGAAGACGACGCAGACUUUGAGAUAAAUCCUCCGCACUUAUGUUACAAUGGACGUUGCCUAGUGUAUAUGCAACAUGCGAAUAGAUUACGAGUCCCUCUCUCGCUCCUUGCGCCCGAACUCCCAGAAGACAACUCUACUGAUGAAAAUAAUUGGUGUACUUAUCGAACUGCUGGCCCAUCAAAAUGCAUAGUGCCCGCUGACCGCUUAGAAGACAUUAAUCCUGAUGGUGGAGAAUGUAAACCAGCUGUACGUUGCCAAGUCUUAGACCCAUAUGAUGAGCCAGAUGGAGUUCUGGCGAACGCCGAGUGCAGACUGGUUAUUGGUGACCCCUCCUAUACUUUUUGGAGCUAUUUUAUCAUCAGACUUUUCGCCGACAUAUGGCCUACGGCUGCCCUGGCGUUGUUAGGAGCAGCAUGCGUUAUUGCUACCAGAGAGACGUCAUUGGGAAGAGGCGAUGUUGGACGACAGUUGGCAUUUGGUACUUUAGGUCUGGCGAUUUUCCCUCCCCUCGCUGGUUUAGCGGCCUCAGUAAUGCCUGAAACUCCAUAUUUAGUACCUUUCCUACUUCACGCUUUGUUUAUGUUAAUUGGAGCUCUAAUACUUAUCGUGGACAGCCACAUGCCAUUAUCGACACCAGAAUGGUGGUGGCACACAGCUACAGGAGUGCUAGCGAUGCCUAUGAAUGCGGUCAGACGAUAUGACGCAGAAACAGCUGCAAUAUUCGCAGUGGUUGCCUUACUGGGAACACUCUGGAGUGGUAUAGAUGCAUAUUUGCCCUGGACCGUCUUAGAGCUCAACGGUACCACCGUAUCAGCCGGCCUGACAAUGACAGCUGGUGCUCUACCUGCCAUACCAGCGCUCUGGUGGGCAGAAGCUCUAGUGGAUUAUAUUGGACAUUCAAAUGUAUUUAUUGCCGCUUUUACAUUCUACUGUCUACGUUAUACUGCUCUAGCAUACAGCACAACUUAUACAUGGGUUGUGGUCAGUGAGCUGCUGGAAGUCUUCACUCUGAGCCUAGUGUGGGUCACAGCGGUGCUGUACUUCAGACAUUUGAUACCCAGGAAAUAUACAACUUCAGGACAAGCUUUGCCAGUCAUCGCUCAUUUUUGUUUAGGUCGAUUUAUCGGAGCCAUUAUAGGUGGAAUGGUAACGUUAGAGGAAACCCUAGAGUCUAGCCGUAACAUCUACCGAGCUCUAGGCGUUUUGGCUUUGCUCUGCGCUGCAGUAUACCUUGCUCUCUACCACUUGUUACUUGCGCCACGCUGUGCCUCACCGGCGGCGCCACCACCUACUCACUUAUUACAAGGUUUGAACUCCAACGGUGCAUCGAAUGGCACUUACUCGCCGAUGAGGGUGUACCACGAAGAACGUUCAAGAAAGGGGCAUUUCCGCUAUUAA